CCGCCCCUCCCCCCGCGGUGGGGGCCGAGGUGAGCGAGGAGUCAUGGCCGCCUCCCUGCUGGGUCGGGGCUGCGGCUCGGCCGGCCGAGGCCGCGCUGCUUCCCUGUCCCUCGCAGCCCUGCGCCCUGGCGGCUGGCGGCGACUCCAUACGGUUUACCAGACCGUGGAGCUGCCCGAGACCCAUCAGAUGCUGCGCCAGACAUGCCGGGACUUUGCGGAGAAAGAACUGGUGCCCAUUGCCGCCCAGCUGGACAAGGAGCACCGCUUCCCUGCCGCUCAGGUCAAGAAGAUGGGAGAGCUGGGGCUCCUAGCCAUGGAUGUGCCCGAAGAGUUCAAUGGUGCGGGGCUCGACUACCUGGCUUACUCCAUCGCCAUGGAGGAGAUCAGCCGCGGCUGCGCUUCCACCGGGGUCAUCAUGAGCGUCAACAAUUCUCUCUAUCUGGGGCCAAUCCUGAAGUUUGGGACGAAGGAGCAGAAGCAGCAGUGGAUCACUCCCUUCACCAGCGGCGACAAAAUCGGCUGCUUCGCCCUCAGUGAACCAGGGAAUGGCAGCGACGCCGGAGCCGCUUCCACAACGGCGCGGGCAGAGGGGGACUCCUGGGUCCUGAAUGGCACCAAAGCCUGGAUCACCAACGCCUGGGAUGCCUCUGCUACAGUGGUGUUUGCCACCACAGACAAGGCCCUGAAGCACAAGGGCAUCACAGCCUUCCUGGUGCCCAUGCCGACUCCCGGCCUGUCGCUGGGCAAGAAAGAGGACAAGCUGGGGAUCCGCGCCUCCUCCACGGCCAACCUCAUCUUCGAGGACUGCCGCAUCCCCCGCCACCACGCGCUCGGGGAGCCUGGCCAGGGCUUUAAGAUCGCCAUGCAAACCCUGGACAUGGGCCGCAUCGGCAUCGCCUCCCAGGCGCUGGGCAUCGCCCAGGCCGCCCUGGACUGCGCCGUGGACUAUGCCGAGAAGAGGAUGGCCUUCGGGGCUCCGCUCACCAAGCUGCAGGGCAUUCAGUUCAAGUUGGCGGACAUGGCCCUGGCCCUGGAGAGUGCCCGCCUGCUCACCUGGCGCGCGGCCAUGCUGAAGGACAACGGCAAGCCCUACGGCAAGGAAGCCGCGAUGGCCAAGCUGGCGGCGUCUGAGGCGGCGACGAGCAUCGCCCACCAGGCCAUCCAGGUCCUGGGCGGGAUGGGGUACGUGACCGAGAUGCCCGCCGAGCGCCACUACCGCGACGCCCGCAUCACGGAGAUCUACGAGGGCACCAGUGAGAUCCAGAGGCUGGUCAUUGCCGGCCACCUGCUCAAGAGCUACCGGGGCUGAGGCAGGUCCCCCGGCCCCCGGCCUCCCGGCCCCCCUGGCCACUGCCCCUGCCCUUCUGGGGGCAUCGAGGAGUGAGGGUGGGCCCUGGCUCCCUCCCCCCUGAGGAAGAAGGGGAGAGCCGGGCCCCUGGGCCCGGAUUGGGCUGAGCUGGCAAGAAGGAGAGGGAGGGGAGGAGUCAAUUUCUGUUGGCUUCAAGAGGUGCCCCUGAAGGGGGCUCCAAUGGGGGCCAGGGUUGGGCCAGCCCUAUUGGGGGUGACACUCCCUGCUGCCCCUUGUCAUUUUGUGGGCUCAGCCCUGAGGCUGUGGCUUGGACUUGGCACCUAGCAGGGUGGUUUCUUUCUCCUUGCCUCUCUUCCCCUUUCCUUUCCCCUAUCCUUCCCUCUUCUUCUAUCUCCCCCACUUCUUUCU